AUGUCGGCGGAAGAGAUAACGGGGAGAACAGGGGAGGGCUUGCAUCAGGGGAAAAGGAAGAUCAUAUUUCAGGAGGGAGAUAACAUUGCAGUAGUAUAUAGGAAGCAAGGAGAUCUCUGGCCACCGAGUAUAAUGUUUAUCCAAGACGCUAAGAAUUGUUUGGCAGAACUUUAUAAUGAUGAUAUAGUGAUUAAGGUGCUAGAUGCAAUGCUCCGUGUUGCGACUUCAGUUGGCAUCCCCGUCAAGGUUGAUUUGGCAACAAAAUUAGCUGAAAAAGGACGAUAUGCUCGUGCCUGUGUUCAGAUAUAUUUAGGAUUGCUCGUGACGAAGAAGAUUCUUGUUGAAGGUGUUGAAUAUGAGGUUGAAUAUGAAAGUCUUCACCUUAUUUGUGACUCUUGUCUCAAGUUUGGUCAUGAUAUGAAGGUGUGCAAGACUGACAGCAACACGGGAGGAGAAACUAAUUCCAAGGUGGUCAGUGAUGUAGCAAAGCAGCCAGAAAGAUUAAAUUCAAAAAAUCCGGUGCAUGUGAAAAUGGCAAGUUUCCAUUUUAGCAAGAAUCUUGGAGGUGAGACCGUAACUGUUGCAGUCUCGAAUUUGGUGAAGAGUGAUUUGCAUGCUAUUCAUGUAGACCAUGCUCAACAUGAGAAUUUGGAAGGUUAG